CUGGGACAGCUGUGUUUGCUGUAACGAAUUAAACAAGUCCUGUACGCUGGCAUGUCAGGUUUAUGUCUCAGAAACUGAUGGUAACACAGAGUUUAGUUCUUAGUUUUUAUAACCUCAGUAAUACGUUUGUGUUUCUCGUCUUCUCCUAAGAUCCCCUGAGAUCCUGGCGGGAUAUCCUUUCAGUGGGGCCAUCGACAUAUGGUCUCUAGGCUGCAUUGUUGCUCAAUUGUUUAUGGGCAGACCACUGUUCCCCGCCUACAAUGAGACUGAUUUGUGGAAUCAAAUUCUAUACACGGUUGGACAACAUUGUUUCUGGCCAAAAUACUGGAUGGAAUGGAGAUUCAGGGCAUCGUUUCAUAUAGUCAAUGGAGUAGAUGACAAUGCUGAACGGAUUGACCUGGCGUGGUUUAUAGACCUUUUGAAGAGGAUGCUGACGUUAAAACCUAUUGAAAGAAUUACCCCCAGAGGAAUCCUUGAGCAUCCGUUCAUCACGAUGAGCCACCUUGAGGGUCCAUUCAGAAACAGCCUCUAUGUGAAAUCAAGUUUGGAUGUGAUGAGCAGCUGCCAGGAUAAGAAGUCUGAUGAUGGAGUAGAUGGAGACCAGAAGAUCCUGCCAAAGUCCCGAAACAAGGAGUCAUCCAACAGGACUGCCAACCCUCCAACAUCACAGAGGAAGAGGGAUGGUCCAACAUUAGAUGACCAGCCCUCAGGGAAUAAGAGGAAGAUGAGACUCAAAAAAGAGCUGACAGACAUACUCAAAGCCAUGAACAACCCUGUCCAGCUCGACCCGAGUUCACUGCCUCGUUUAUUGUGUUAAACAAAACAUGCCUAUGGAAGAGAAAGAGGAAAGUCUGUAGAAGGGUUGAACCUGCCUGUUAGAAACUGUCAAUUUAGACCAAACUGAACUGGCGUGUCAAGAUCCCAGCUUGUAUUGUAUCUGCUCUUUGUUAUUGAUAAAUACAUUUUCAUCCCAUAUAUAUGUAGAUCCUGUCAUCUUUUUCCCGACGAGAAGAGAAACGUUCUCUCCUCCUCCUCGCUACCUCUCAUCAUCCUAAAGUUUGAACUUUUAAACACAGGCAAGGUGGAGGUUGCAAGUGAGAUGAAAAGUGAAGUGUCUGUGCUCAUAUUUAAGUGUCUCUGUGUCAGGUACCUCCUGACCCAAAAACACGCAGGGGAUGGCUGUGUGGGAAUGUAUUGUUCUGUGUCUGUAACAUAUCGCCUUUAAAGGUGUUACUUAUAGGCUCAUCCUAAAUGUGCUGGAGAGGAAAUAGUAUCAUGUGUGGCAUUUAAACCCGAGGAGAGCGAAAGUUCACUGUAGAAUUAAAGGUUUUGUCCAUAAAACAACUGAAAACUGUGGUCAAUUUGCAUCAUAAAUAUCCUUAAGCUCAAGGUGACAUCAAAACAUCUUCUUAUCAGCAACUUAUAGCUGCAAAAUAUUCAACUCAUCACAUAAGAUAAAGAAAAGCAGCUAAUUCUCACAUAGUUCUCACAACAGCAUGUUUUCAGCUUCCAUGAUGGCUACAGAGCUAACUAUGGUGAAGGUAACAGGAAGUCGAUGUAAAUCAAUGAGGCGUGUGUGCGUGCGUGCGUGUGUGUGCGUUAUUUGUCCAGUUUGGCCUGGAUUCCAGUCAGCAUGCUGUGUGUCAAGAAUGCUAGAUUUGUGUAAUGUGACAGCAGCACCAGGACCACGU